UGCUGUGUGAUGGAGGAGAGCUGCAGCAGAAACAUGCGGAGCACCGAACAGAGGGAAGAAGCAAAGAAAGUGCGACAGAAAACUGCGAAGAAGAGGAGUCAAGAAGGGGAGGGAGAGGAGCAGGAUGAGAUAUUCAACUUCAACAAGAAGCCUGCUGAGGAGGAGGAGGAGGAUGAAGAUCUGUCAGACAGCGAGGACAGCGUCUACUCAGGACUGGAGGAUUCUGGGAGUGACAGUGAGGAUGAUGAGGAGGAAGAGAAGGGAUCAGAUGAAGAAGAAGAAGAAAAUGAUGAUGAUGAUCUGAAAGUGGAGCGAAAGCAUGCUGAGCAGGAGGAGGAGGAAGAGGAGGAGGAGGAGGAGGGAGGAGUGACAGAAAGAGAAGAAGAAAAGCAAGAAGACGAGUACAAAUGUGACUCUUCAGACGAGGAGGACAUCAGAAACACGGUGGGGAACAUUCCCAUGGAGUGGUACAAAGACUUCCCUCACAUUGGCUACGACCUGGACGGGAAGAAGAUCUACAAACCAAUCAGGAACAAGGAUGAGCUUGAUGACUUCCUGGACAAAAUGGAGAACCCAGACUACUGGAGAACGGUCCACGAUAAGCAGACAGGAAGUGACAUCGUCCUGUCGGAUGAGCAGGUGGAGCUGGUGAAUCGUCUGCAGAGGGGACAGUUUGGAGACGUCAACUUCAACGAGUACCAGCCUCAGGUGGAGUUCUUCAGUAAAGACCUGAUGCUCCACCCGGUUACCAACAGACCAGCAGAUAAGCGCAGCUUCAUCCCGUCUCUCAUUGAGAAGGAGAAAGUGUCCAAACUGGUUCACGCCAUUAAGAUGGGUUGGAUCAAACCUCGGCGACAGGAGGAUGACAGCAGGGGGCGCUACUACGACCUCUGGGCCAGCGAGGACUCUUCCAUUCUGGCCAAGCACAGGAUGCACCUGCCCGCCCCUAAAAUCCCUCUACCCGGUCACCACGAGUCCUACAACCCUCCACCCGAGUACCUGUUCACCGACGAGGAGCGAGCUCUGUGGGAGCAGCAGGAUCCGUCAGACAGAAAGUUUCCGUUUGUUCCCAGGACGUUCUCGAGCCUCCGUCAGGUUCCUGCAUUUCCUCGUUUCAUCCACGAGAGGUUUGAGCGCUGCCUCGACCUGUACCUGUGUCCCCGACAGAGGAAGAUGAGGGUGAAUGUGAAUCCUGAGGAUCUGAUUCCCAAACUUCCCAAACCAAAAGACCUGCAGCCGUUUCCCACAACACAGUCUCUGGUGUAUCGUGGUCACAGUAGUCUGGUUCGUUCCAUUAGUGUGUCUCCAUCAGGACAAUGGCUCGCUUCAGGCAGUGAUGACGGUUCUGUGAGGUUCUGGGAGGUGCAUUCAUCUCGUUGUUUGAAGACGGUUCAGGUGGGCGGAGCUGUGAAGAGCGUCGCCUGGAACCCAAACCCAUCUGUCUGUCUGCUGGCUGUCGCCCUGGACUCGGUGGUCCUGAUCCUGUCUCCAUCUUUGGCAGACAGACAGGUUGUGUCAUCGUCAGAGCGACUCCUGUCAGGUCAACAGGAGGCGGAGCCUACAGAGGGGCCAGGUUCUGUCACCUGGACCGAAGGGGAAGGGGAGGAGCUCACCCAGGGGAUCCACCUCAAAAUACAGCAUCCCAAAGCCGUUCACCAGGUGGUGUGGCACGCUAAAGGAGACUACCUGGCGUCAGUGAUGCCAGAUCACUCGAGCCACCUACAGGUGUUCAUCCACCAGGUGAGCCGGAGGCGGAGCCAGAACCCCUUCCGGAAGAACAAAGGUCUGGUUCAGUGCGUGUCCUUCCACCCUGUCAGGCCCUACUUCUUUGUGGCGACGCAGCGCGCCGUCCGGAUCUACAACCUGGUGAAACAGGAAAUGACCAAAAAACUACAGGCCAACUCCAAGUGGAUCUCCAGCAUGGCUGUCCACCCUGGAGGUGAUCACGUGAUCUGCGGGAGCUACGACUGCAGGCUGAGUUGGUUUGACCUCGACCUCUCAACCAAACCCUACAAGAUGCUACGCCACCAUAAGAAGGCGGUGAGGGGCGUGGCCUAUCACAGACUCUACCCGCUGUUCGCCUCGGCGUCUGACGAUGGAUCCGUCAUUGUUUGUCACGGAACAGUUUACAAUGACCUGCUACAGAACCCGCUGAUUGUCCCGGUGAAGGUUCUCAGAGGUCAUACCAUCACUCAUGACCUCGGCGUCCUGGAUGUGACCUUUCACCCCACCCAGCCCUGGAUCUUCUCUUCUGGAGCCGACGCCACCGUACGCCUCUUCACCUAGCAUCCUGCACCCCAGCAACCAGCCCGCUACCCUGGCAACCAGCUUGGCCAUGCUGUACCUGUGUGGAGGUGGUCAUAUUAACGUGUCUGUGGUAUCCUAGCAACCAACGCUGGGGAGUGGUCUGAAGCAACACUGCUGGGAUACCACACACUGCAGUUUUUCAUGUUUGACCUCGUCAUGUUUUUCAGUCUUAGUGUUUGUUUUAAUUAAACUGAAACU